GAGUGGGUACUGCUCUCAGCUAAGUGGGUGCGGGCGAGUAACUUUUUCUCAGGUGAGGGGGCGCAGGUGGUGUCGCUUUGUGGAGCCGGUGAUGCUCUCGGGUGAGGGGGCGUGAGCAGGGCCGCCAGGAGUCGAUGCUGCUUCAGGAGCCAGCCCGGAUCAUUUGUUGGCAGUACAUAUUGGCUGAAGUCAGUUUUCAUUUCAAGAUGUUUUUUUCCAAUGGGCGUUUGGUGUAGGAUGUUGGAGAACCAAGAGCAGGAGGAGGUGAUCACCGUACGUGUUCAGGACCCCCGCGUGCAGAAUGAGGGCUCUUGGAAUUCUUAUGUGGAUUAUAAGAUAUUCCUCCAUACCAACAGCAAGGCCUUUACUGCUAAGACGUCCUGUGUGCGGCGCCGCUACCGAGAGUUUGUGUGGUUGAGAAAGCAGCUACAGAGAAACGCUGGUUUAGUGCCUGUACCCGAACUUCCUGGGAAGUCAACCUUCUUUGGCAGCUCAGAUGAGUUCAUCGAGAAGCGACGACAAGGUCUGCAGCACUUCCUUGAAAAGGUCCUGCAGAGUGUGGUCCUCCUGUCAGACAGCCAGUUGCACCUCUUCCUGCAAAGCCAGCUCUCAGUGCCUGAGAUAGAAGCUUGUGUGCAGGGCCGAAGCCCCAUGACCGUUUCUGAUGCCAUUCUUCACUAUGCUAUGUCAAACUGUGGCUGGGUCCAGGAAGAGAGGCAGGGCUCUUCUCACCUGGCUAAAGGAGACCAGCCUAAGAGUUGCUGCUUUCUUCCACGAUCUGGUAGGAGGAACUCUCCCUCACCACCUCCCAGUGAAGAAAAGGACCACUUAGAAGUAUGGGCUCCUGUUGUUGACUUUGAGGCACCUUCCUUGGAGAGUCCCACUCUCCCAGCCCUCUCCUCACCGUCACACUGUGAUUUUGCAAGACCUGAUGAGGGAACCUCUGCUGGUCAGCCUGCAAGGAGGGUCAUGGGAGGGGACCAGUUAGCCUCCCUGUCUCAUGCUGUGCCUUUGGACCCUGGUCAGUUAGAAACAGUCUUGGAAAAGUGAGCUCUGAGUUCUGCUUUGAGGAGGAUGGAGAACGUGCAGGCAAGGAGACUUGCACGGGUGGGGUUGGGCACAGGCUUGUCUGGGGAAGGUUGGGCUGCUUAGUCCCUUAUAGUUGCCUCUGCUUGGGCUGGUUGCACAGAAGUCUGUCCUGACAGCUCCUUGCGAUUCUUCCAUAGGAAUAAACACUGUGCAGCAGAUGUUUGUAGGUUAAGCCUAAGGCCCAGGGGCUGUUGAUUUUAAACAGAACCCCAUAUUUACUGUCCUGGGAACUGCGUUUCUUCAGGUAUGUGUUUGUUCUUCAGAAGCACUGCCUCAGGUGACUGGUUUUAGGGACCUGUAAGGGGCAGAUGCUAAGCUGCCACACUGAGUAUCGUUCCAACGGGAAUGCGUAUGUAGUUGAAUUCCCAUCUUAGCUGGGUUCUGUUCUUGCUGCAACCCCUAGAGCACUUUGUUCCUGGGAGGCUGACCUCUUGCCUACCUCCUUGCACGGACAGGAUGGUGAAUAGUUACUCUUCCCGCCUCCUUGCUUUUUUCCACUAAUACCACUGAAUGGAACAGGUGCUGUGACUCCUGUAGCUGGUGUUUCCAGCCUGUCCCAAGACCUCAGCCUGGCUUGGGCCUGGGACCCACUUAACAGCGUAUGGCCGUCCAUGAAGGAAAGGUGGUUGGUCAUAGUCAGAGGGGAAAGGUGACUGCUGCACUGGGCCCAGAAGGCUUUGUUUAGGAAAAAGCCACUCUGGGCUGUCAGUGUCACUUCUGAUUAUACAGUAGAGACGUGGCUAUCUUUUCUGCAGGGUUAGAGUGGGCUUCUUUCUUUUUUGGAAUCCUUUCUUUUCCCUUAGUAAUAGCUCCCUGCCCCCAGGGUUUCAGCCACCAUAGUGUCCCUCUGCUGUGUUGCAGGGAGGCCGUAUGUUCAGUCCAGUGGGGCACAAGGGCUUUGUUUUGCCUAUAUGAGUGGGCUCUGGGGAUGGAGAUGAGGAACAACAUGCCUUCCUUCAGACAAUGAGGCAUUCUGCCCUCCUGCUGCCAUAAUUCCUCUCCACUGAGAGCCAGAGCUGGUAGGAGAGCAGUGCUGCUGGCAUUCCACAUUGCUCCGCACGGAGGUUCCUGUGUGUGUGGUUCUUCCCCCUCUUGCCCACUCCCCCUUCCUCUGGCCAUCCUACCCUGUCUGUAGGCCCUUUUACCGGCUAUGCUGCGGGACUGUCAUGGCAUUUAGUUCAGAGUUGAGGGGCUUUGGCCUGAAAUAAAAUUCAAGUAUUUAAGAUUGUUGUUGCAAUUUGUGUCUAACAAGCUGUAGCGGAGAAGGAGGGAGUGAGGGCUGGCAGUCAUUACUUUCAUAAAUCAUGAAUUUAUCAGCAUGGAAAUAAUGGUUCAGAUCUGCGCACUGCAGCACUCCUGCACUGGGUGUACAGCUCAAGUUCAUCACCAGGAAAAAGGGGUUGACUUCCAAAGAGUCAGCAUCCAGCUCUUCUCACAGUUUUGGCCAUGAACCUUGUUUAGGUAUAAUUUACCUGAUGCUGCUUCCAUCCUCACAGCCUGCCUGGGAUGCCAGGUGCUGAAAGAGAAAUAAAGUUUAUCAACAGGCAGAUGCAAAGUCCUGGCUGGUACUCAUCCCUCUUCCCUGCCCACCCACCCUGUGCCUCUCCUUUAUAUGAUGCAGCAGAGCAAGGCGAGGAUCAAAAACCUACAGAGGCAAAUCCAAAAUGUCAAAAGAAGUUCAUUUAAAAGGGGAAAAAAACUCCAUACACAACCCUCACAAAAACUCGACAGAUGCUAAGCUAAUGGCAUCCGCUCUGCUGAUUGGUGGGGAUGGUUCAUGAAUAUUAAUGAGUCCAAUGCUCCAAAUGGUGCAGCUGUGAACCCAGCUGUGCCUGAAGCUCUCUGAUCUCGAAACUUCCAGACAGGAGCCGGGGGUGGUCUGUGUCAAUUCCCUACUCAGCCAAAAAACAGCAAGCUGGGUUGGCCUUCUUCUGUUCUCUCCUUUUCUUCCUAGAGUUGGUGCUCAGCAGCUCGUUCUGCCAGCAGGGUAGGCUGCCGGGACAGCAGGAGCCAUUCAAAGACAUGGACGUGAUUUUUCUGACUCUCGGCUUUUUUAAUGAUCCAUUAGCAGCAAUGCAUACAGCAGCACCUCAGUUAAUCUAAGGCCAGGCACCAUCCCCUUGUGGUCUUGAGCUGAGUUGCAUGUCGGCCAUGGAAGGGGAAGAGUUUCUACUACAGGCCUGGGCUAUGAGAAAAACAGCAAAGAUAUGUCUUCCCCUGUGUAGGCAGUGCCGUUUGCUCUCUCACGGUUUGCUCUGUCCCUGUGCACUUGGGCCAGCCACCGUGGCUGAUGACCUGUAUGUGGAGAAUGGGGAGCUGUGGGGAAUGACCUGCUGAGGUACUUCUUAGAAGGGAAGUAUUGUUUUGAAUUUUGGUUUCAGGCAGGUUAUGUGCCUGAGUCACCUUCUGACAGCUAUUUCUAUGGCCCAACUCUAGUUACCUAGGAUCAGUGGCUUUGGCUUGGUGGGAGGAAGUAUGUGUGUGGGGGAUGUGUGGAGGAUGAGUUUUCUUAGGUGAAAGUAAUAAGUUUCAUAUCAUACUUUUAUUUGAUCUUUAUAGCCCCCAGUGAGGAAGGGAGGGCAGCAAUUAUGCUCAUUUUCUAGUUGAGGAAACUGAGUUGAGUUUGGUUUUUAAAAAGCACAUUUGUAGAUGG